AUGCAUAAGCAGCACAUCAUCAUCGCAUUCCUGUGUCUCUCAACAACCAUAACAUGCUCUGCCACCCGCAAAGAGGAUCUAGAAAGGGCCGCAGAGCUGGCAGUCGAAAAAGCAGCUGAAAGAGUAGCCGAGAGGGCAGUAGAGAAGGCACUAGAAAGCGGAAACAUGACUACAGAAUCGAAAACAGUCCGCGAGUCCCAUUCUACCGUCCGGAAAGCAGAGCAAAUUGAAGACACAAGAUACAACGACAGAUUCAUGGGAAGCCAUUCAUCCAUAGAAGAAGACGACCAAGAAGACGACAACGAUUGGCGUCCAUUCUUGAGAGGAAUGAGAUUCAAACCGUCCUUCAAUUGGUCUAGUAAAAUGGACGAAGACUGGAGAAGAUAUCCUCGAAGUGACGAGGCACCAGAAGCUUGGGACAAGUCUCGAGUAAUAACAAUAGAGAAAAAGGUGCCUGUACCAGUAACCGUCGAGAAAAAGGUACCGUAUCCUCUAUACCGACAUGUGCCCUACGAAGUGAAGGUACCGGUGCCACAACCAUACACUGUCGAAAAGAAAGUACCUUACCCAGUUAAAGUCUACGUGAACGUACCGGUAGAGGUACCGGAGCCCUAUACAGUGGAGAAGCAGGUGCCGUACGAGGUGAAGGUCGAUCGUCCGGUUCCAUACAAAGUAGAGGUACCGGUUCCUCAACCAUACACCGUUGAGAAAAAAGUACCAGUAGAAGUUAAGGUACCUGUGCCACAGCCUUACAUGGUGGACAAGGCUGUCCCAUACGAAGUGAAGGUGCCAGUGAAGGUACCAGAGCCCUACGAGGUAGAAAAAAAGGUACCCGUACCCGUGAAAGUCGUUGUGAAUCGGCCCUACCCAGUGCCUGUACCAAAACCCUACCCAGUGGAGGUAGCUAAGCCUUAUCCAGUAGCUAUACCCAAACCCUACGCCGUUAAAGUCAAGGUUCCAGUUGAUACACCCUACCCAGUACUAGUAGAGAGACCUGUACCUGUUCCUGUCGAAGUACCCGAGCCAGAACCGUACACUGUGGAGAAGCCAGUUGAGGUAGAAGUGAAAAAGCCCUAUCCAGUACCGGUGAAAGUCCAGGUGGACAGACCCUACGAGGUUUCCAUGCCGAAACCUGUGCCUAUUCCUGUGGAGAAACCGUUCCCCUAUUGGGUGCAGGUGCCGGUGCCUUUCAGCCAGGACUGGAACGGCGUUGGGGUUCAAGGAUUCGAAGGAGUGAUCGACAGAGAUGGCGCGGCCAAAAAUAGCAGGAAGGCUAAUAGGGCCAAGAUAUCUAGGCCUCGAAGGAGACCUAUCCACUGA